GUGCGAUGCAGCGGCUCUCUCGUUGUGCUUGGGCUCGGGUCGCCGCCAGCUUGCCAUGCCGGCAUGCCGGUGAGAGCAGGUCGAUGCAUGUCCCUUCCAUGAGGGAGAUAACAAGCAUCGAGAACAUCGCGGUGAUAGGAGGGGGUUCCAUAGGCAGCCUGCUAUCGGGCAGGAUUGCUGCUGUCAGCAGAAUGAGAGACCGAGUAUGGCUGCUGACGGGCUCGAGCGAACAUGCUUCGGCCGUGAAGGCAGUACGAGGAAUCGUUGUCAAGGAGGAGGGGACAGUGGGUACGAAGACGAUGAUGGGUCAAGUCCGAGUCGCAGAGUCCUUGUCAGAGGUAGAGGACCUGAAGAGAGAAUCUCAGUCUCUUUACGGGUUCGGCAAACCCAGCAUAGUCUUCAUCGCUGUGAAACAAGCAGGGCUGCGCAAAGCAGCCGAGCAGGCAGCAAGAGUUCUGUCAGGCUCACACGGGAGCCUUUGUAUCGCUGUGAUGAAUGGUGUUGGGCACAUGGAAGUUAUUCACAAGGCGUUGAGGUACCAUGAUGUCUCUACAACAUUGAUCCAAGGGAUUUAUUCUGGAGGAGCAUACAUGAUGGAGCCGGGUGUAGUCGCGCAUGCAGGAAGAGGGACACUGGACGUGUGUGAAUAUGGAUCCAUCGACACCGUCAGCUCUAGCCUUCUGGAGCAGGCUGUGCAGCUACUGAAUGACAGCGGGAUACCAACUCAGAUCUGUCAAGACAUCCUGCAGCGAACAUGGAGAAAAGUUUGUGUCAAUGCGUCGAUCAAUGCUCUGACAACAAUCCUGGGAGAGAAGAACGGCUUCCUGUUAGAAAAUGAAGAAUCCUGCGAACUCAUUCGAGACAUAGCCAAGGAGGGCUUCCAGGUGGCAUGUGCAGUGCUUGAACGAGAGAAGGGGGCUGAUUCACAGGAGCUGAGGGAGUUCGUCGAAGAAGGAUGGGUUGGAUUGCUUGUUGCCUGUCUUUGGCAGAAUAGUGACGUUGGUCGUGCGGAGCAGGAGACAUGUGCGAACCUUGCGAUGAAUGUAGCGCGGGAUACUUGUAAGAACACAAGCAGCAUGCUGGCAGAUGUAUGGAACUUCAUGCCGGGAUCCGAUCGACUUUAUAAUUCAUUUUCUCAACAGAUGCUUAAAGGGAGAAUAACGGAGAUCGAAGCGAUCAAUGGCAUGAUUGUCAAUGAAGGCCUCAAGCAUGGCAUCGCAACUCCCGUCAACCUGACGCUCCUGCGGUUGAUUCGUUGCAUGGAGAAACGGAACCAGCAGAAUUCGCCUUGA